AUGGAUCACUUUGUGCGCAACUUUUGGGAUCUGCCUGACGUAGCUGCCUCUCAGUAUGGGCCUGGCGCGGUUUGUUAUGCCUGGCCCUUUGGAGAUGUUCUGGGGGCGUUUUCCUCGAAGGACAUCAUGGACCACUUACUCGGAACGCCCUUGCCGGCCCCGAAGAGACAGUGUGUGCGACCUGCUAGUGGCCUUUCAUGGAGUCAGCCAAAGCCUUUGUAUGCAAGUUACUUCACCCCUUUUGUUGAUAUGAAGUCAUCGGAUUUGGACGCUGCCCCAGCGUCUCCUUCAGUAAGCCAAGACUUCAAGCUCUCACCUUCACCUGCUCCUUCAGUAAGCCAAGAACUCAAGAUCUCACCUUCACCUGCUCCUUCAGUAAGCCAAGAACUCAAGAUCUCACCUACUCCUUUAGUAAGCCAAGAAUUCAAGAGCGCUCUAGGCCCCGUCACGGUCACCUUCUUGGCGCCACAGGUAACCUCCUCGCCAACUGCUCCCUCGCCCUCCGGCCGCAGAAGGAAGAACGCCCACUGUCAUCUUUGCGACAAGCGCUUCGAGAAUCAAUACAAGUUAAAGAUGCACCUUAAUAACCACACGGGGGAUCGGCCCUUCACGUGCGAUGUGUGCGGGAAAGGCUUCAUGCGACGGACCACCCUCAACGGACAUCGAAUCAUUCACGACACCUCUUAUAUUGCGCCCCUCUGA